AUGUAUCCCAAUAGAGCAGUCAGAAUCUUCCCAUGCUUGAUGUGCUGGACACCAGAAGUCAAGUGUCCCAACUACGUGUUCCUCAAGCGAAGCAUAUGCGUUGAUUGCGAGAGAAUGCGCAGGCAGUAUGGAGAGAACGAGCAGAUUGCAUCACAUGUCCACGAAACUUUUGUACGAUACCUUCUCGAUAAGUAUUCCGAGAGGGACGGUAUCACCUACGAAAAGAUUAACGCGUACAUCGAGAGCGCCAAGGAAGUCAACGUGGACAAUCUUCUUACAGUGGCAUUGGACUAUAUCUUUCGUAACUUCAGCGAACUCUAUCAUGCUGUUUGUGAUGCCGUCGAGAUCGCACGAGAUAGGGGUCCUAUGCAAUGGACACCAGAUAACUUGGCUGAAAGGCUGGAGAGGGUGAGAGCAGAACACGAAUGGGAUCAAAAGGGGAGAUAUUUGGAUGAACGUUAA